AUGGAUAAAGCCCCACCCAGCGGAAACAAUGCACCAACCAAAGGAGUGAUCUACACUAUUGUAGGGGGCUCGAGCUCGGGUGAUUCGAGCAGGACCAGAAAGAGGUGCGCUAGAACCAUGAGCUUGAGCAGAGGAAGAGAGUUCAUCCUAAAAGUUGAGGAGGAAGAAGCUAUUUCCUUUGAUAGUUCAGACAGACCGAAAGAGAGUGGAGACAUGAACGACCCGAUGGUCAUCAAGCUAGAUAUCGUGAAUUUUAUUGUUCAUAAAGUGCUGAUCGACAGUGGGAGCUCAACAGACAUCAUAUUUAAAAGUGUGGUUGAUAAAAUGGGGUUAGAGAAUGCCCGCCUCGAACCAGUGAAGACCCCUUUGGUGGGAUUUGGAGGAAGUGAGGUAGCAUCGCUAGGCACGAUCGAGUUGCCAGUAUCAAUGGGUGAAGCGCCUAGGCGAAAGACGUUGAUAGUGAAGUUCUUAGUGGUUGAUACCCCGUUCGCGUACAAUGUGAUUUUAAGAUCAGGCUUAAAUUUGUUCAGAGCCGUCAUCUCCACUUAUUUCAUGAAAAUGAAAUUCCCAACAGAGAAUGGGACAGGAGAAGUCACUAGCGACCUGAGGGAGGCUCGUAAAUGUUACAACCUAACACUGAAGGGGGAGCCCAAACAAAAGAAAAUGAGAAUCAAGGAAGAUGCUGAGCCUCGGCCUUAUGAAGCAGAACAUUUAAAACCCAGCGAUGAGUACAAGGUAGUACAGCUCGUACCAGAUGAGCCAGACAAAACUACCAGGAUAGGAGCGAACAUGAAGGAAAGGGAGAUGGCCAUGAUUGAGUUUUUAAGAAGUUACGUUGACAUGUUCGCCUGGAGCCCGUUAGACUUUACGGGGAUCAACCCUGAGGUCAUUGUGCACAGACUGAACGUCGAUCCAAUGGCCCGACCGAUACAGCAGAGGAAGAGGUCAUUUGGUAGUGAUAAGAAUGAGGUCAUCAAGCAGGAGGUUGACAAACUACUUAAAGUCGGGUAUGUAUCUGAGAUCCAAUACACUAAUUGGCUUUCUAACGUAGUGCUUGUCCCCAAAUCCUCCGGGAAAUGGCGCAUGUGUGUCGAUUUCACAGAUCUGAAUAAAGCUUGCCCGAAGGAUCCUUACCCCUUGCCAAGGAUCGAUGUCAUGGUAGACUCAACGGCGGGGUUCGAAAUAUUUUCGAUGAUGGACGCCUAUCAGGGGCAUUAUCAGAUUCGCAUGGCUGAAGAAAACAGAGAUCAGACCUCGUUCAUCACUGACAAGGGGAUCUAUUGCUACAACAUGAUGCCAUUCGGUCUGAAGAAUGCGGGCGCAACAUACUAA